AUGCAUAGUAGUUCCCGCAUAUUAGUAUCAGUUGGAAGCUCCCGUUUGUUUUGUGUGCGAGGAAUCAGUGCGUCCCUGCAGCUGGCUUUGCCGUUGCCUAACCGGGAUCAUCAACCGUACUAUGCUAGUGGCAAAUCAAAGAAGGAACAUCAGAGAUGGUUGACAUCUUCUAGUACUACCGGUAGUACUACUAGUAGUAAAACGAGUACAAGUGAUAAGUCGGAUGAUACCCAGAAACCAGAAUUGCUCUACGAAGGACCCAUGAGCUCCUUGAUCACCAGUUUGAAAGUGUUUUCUCUGUCGUCCGCUAUUCUGAGCAGCGUGGGACUUCCUGCCUUGGUUGUUUUCAAGGGAAUGGACACGUUUGGUGGAAUCCAUGUGGCCAUGAUCACCACCACCGUUAUGGGCGCUUGUGCCUCGACCAUCGGAUUGCAAUGGAUCUUUGCGCCCUACGUCUACACGCUGGAACGCAUUCCCAUUCGACAGUGUCACUACGUCAAAGCCAGCCCCGAAGAGGACAGUCCGCGAGAAGAAAAGGAAUCCUCCUCCUCUAACUCUCCCUGUUUGCUCAAGGCAACCACUCGCAGCAUCUUUCUAACACGCAUUCAUCAUGUGUUUGAUCCAGAGAUGGAUGUCUCUCCAGCUCCAAGAUCCACCAUUCGACCAUUCUGCAGCUUCUUUGUCAAGGGAAAACCUCUCUACAUUCACGAACAAUUGAUUCAAAGUCCCCAAUUAUCCAAAGCUCUAUUCGUCAAUAAAGCGGAACCCAUCAAGACACACAAGAAUCCAGAUCCAGAUGAUGAGUUCUUGUAA